UGGGCAUAUUACCAUAUCCUGGUUUCACAAUGUACCUUACAGGAGUGUUGGCAUUUACUCUAUACUAUAGGCUACAGGAUAAUCACUCUUGGUUCUCUAUUGAGGUUGAACACUGCUGUAGGUUUUACAGGAUGACAGGGGAAGUGGGGACUGUUGCUUGAGCCAUACAGCAUGACAGAGGAGAGUACUCCAGUCUGUCAGGAAAUACUUCAGGAAUCUCUUCUUCCAGUUUAAAGAACUGCCAAAAUACCAAGGAAUUGUCUUCUAAUUGGUUGUUGAGAUGAGACCACGAGGUGAGAGCUCUGCUUUUGCAUGACGUUGUGUAUGCUGUUACUUUCCUCAUCGUCAUCCUCGUUAUGUGGGGAAUCUAUACCAACCCACCCUACAUCCAUCAGAGAGCAAGGGUUAUACAACAACAUAUCUUUGGAGCUCAAAGAGCAACUGUGGUCACUGCUGCUGUGCCUGAAAUCUCCCAUCCAAAAUGCAGCCUUUCCAAAAACUGCCCUAUCGACCAUUUUGCAUUUCAAAUCAAGAGUGGAGCAGCGACUGUUGUGGGCCCAAAGAUCUGCUUUGAUGGUAACAUUGUUAUGAGUGGUGUGAUGAACAACGUGGGACCAGGCCUGAACCUAGUGCUGGUGAAUGGUGAAAAUGGGAAGAUUGAAAAAUUUGACUACUUUAACAUGUACUCUGGAGAAACAAAGGCCAUCUUGGACUUCUUAAAGACGAUUAAACCCGGAAUGAUUGUUCUGGUGGCAUCUUUUGAUGAUGCAGCGACAAAGAUGACUGAUGAAAUCAGGAACAUAUUUGCGGGACUGGGAAGCAGCAGUAUCAAGGAUGUCAAAUUCAGAGACAGCUGGGUCUUUGCUGGAGGCGCUGGGACAGAACAGAAAAGCCCCUUUGAGAAGCUGGCUGCCAAUAAUCAGAAGACCAAUAUUUACGGAAACUGGCCAGAGGUGGUGGAAAUAGCCGGCUGCUUCCCCAGGAAGAUCUGACGAGACAUCCCAUACAGAGAUCUCAGAGUAUACUGAUCUAGAAUUAUGUCCAUCCUAUCCAUGUAUUGUUAUUCAUUAUUAUGUCAAAGGCUAAACAGAUCCUGAAUCGGUACUCAUACUAUAUGAGACGUUUUAUAAGUACAGACCUUGAUAGACUUCCUAUGAAGAUGGUUCCGGACUGGCUUGAUGAUUGACAGAUCAAACAAACCACUGUCAGGAUCACUCAACUUUAAGGAACAACUUCUCUGUUAAGACUGGGCAUUCAUUGUGUGUUUUUUCAUGUCAGAUUAUUAUGGUUACAUCAUUUUUUUCAAAAUAGAGGAGUUUCAAAGUAUGUAAAACAAUAAAAAAAAACAUGUGUUUUUAAGAAAUUCGA